AUGCUGGUUGCCUGGAGGGCGCUGGUGUGGUUUAGUCAGGCAGUUCCUCGCCACUCGUUUAUGACUUGGUUAGCCUUCAAAAACCGUCUCUCUACUGCAGGGAGAUUAUUUGGACCAGUGAUUACACCAGAUUGGGAUGACACGAUAGCCUCACUCCUUCAGACAGGGCGCAACCGCAUUGAUUCAGUUCUCAUGCGCAUGGCGUUUCAGACAGUCUUGUACGCUAUUUGGAGGGAGCGCAACACACGUCGUCAUGGAGAAGCUGGGAUCACCGUGGAGAAGUUUACUCGUGCUAUUGACAAACAGAUAAGGAAUCGUAUCUCGUCACUUCGGUAUUCCCCAGGGCACCCUCUUGAAGAUCUUCGCAGGCGAUGGUUUCAACUUAGUUCCUAG